AUUAUGUCGAUCUGUGUGAGCGUGCUAAGCUAACGGAGAAGGGUGGGAAUGAAUGAAUGAAUGGUGGGUGUAAGCGACACUACGGCCUAAUUGCUGGGAGAGAACGCGCUGCACCCAGUGAACGGAAUUCGGGCCGGGGUGGCACUAUUUACCACCUGAGUUCCGGUUUUCACCAACGAAGAAGAAUACCAACUUCCUGUGAUCCCAACAAAACUGCACAACGUGUCAAUGGACUUGCAGUAAGCACAAGUAAGUUUUUAUAAACAUUUUAAAAAAUGGUCCGUAAGUUGAAGUACCACGAGCAGAAGUUACUGAAGAAAGUAGACUUUAUUAACUGGGAGGUCGACAACAACAUUCACGAGGUCAAAGUGUUGAGGAGAUAUCGCAUCGAGAAGAGGGAAGAUUACACCAAGUAUAACAAAUUGAGUCGCAACAUCAGGGACCUGGCCCAGAAAAUUCGAGACCUGGACGAGAAAGAUGGAUUCAGAGCUCAGAGUACGCAUCAGCUCCUCGAAAAACUAUAUAGCACCGGACUCAUCCCCACCAAACAGAAUUUGUCCCUCACAGAGAAAGUCACAGCUUCGUCAUUCUGCAGGAGGAGACUUCCUUGCAUCAUGCUGACCCUUCGAAUGGCCCAGAACCUGAAAACAGCGAUCACCUUCAUUGAGCAAGGACAUGUGCGCGUGGGCCCCGAGGUUAUCACAGAUCCAGCAUUUCUCGUCACAAGAAAUAUGGAAGAUUUUGUUACCUGGGUGGAUUCCUCAAAGAUCAAACAGCAUGUCAUGAAUUAUAAUGACGAGAGAGACGAUUUCGACAUGUUGGCGUGAAUCUUUCUUUUUGUUUUGUUUUGUUUUUUGCCAUGUUCACUCUGCACCUCGUGAGGGUAAAAAAAGAAGAAGAAAAAAAGCAGAAAAUGACCCCACAGUGCAAAUUAGAAUUCUCACCACUCUCAAAAACAUCUUUAGUCUCCAUCCCUCAUUUCAAAAUUGCUAUGUGGUUCCUUACAUAGUCAAAAAUUGCACAUCUGGUAUGUCAUCUAGUUAUUUUGGAUGUAAUAAAAUAUAAUUUGGUCAUGUGCAACAAACUGAGCAAACCUUCUGAGAUGGUCUUGUUUUGUUUGAACCAGGGGAGAAGUCUUAGGAAUAUUCUAUACACUCAUGAGCCACAUUAUGAGGUACAGUGAUGUGUUAAACACCUUUGUAAAAGUAGAAUUUGGGGCUAUUGGAUGUCAUUAGAUUGUACAGGUAUGCCAAGUGUCUGAGAAUGUUUUAUAUGGAAUAUAUAUGGGUCAUUUUCAUAUAAUUUGUUUAGCAAUAACAGUAAAGACUUGCCCCACUGAAUUUCCUUUUGAAAAUACAUUUUACUGACGUGUUUUUGAAUUAUUGGCAGUUGUUAUCAUUCAAAUGGUAAUAAUUGAAAAAAGAAAACAAUAUUCUAAAGCAAUAUUUUUCAACCUUUUAAUGCCAGAAUGUCCGUAUCGGUGUGUGUCCCAAAUGAAGUUUCAUGAUUUGAUUGAUUUAUGAUUAUGAUUUUUGAAGAUGGUUGUUCUCCCUAUUGCUUAAUAUUCAUCCAUCCAUUAAAACUAACACAAAUGCAUCUUAGUGUCUUUAGUUUUUGUUUCCCCCCCUUUUGCAAAACGGUCGUUUGUCACUCAGGCAGUCUUAACACUUAAUGCCACUGGAAGGAUCCAUGUGUUGUCUUUUCCAUUAUAAAAAGUGUAUUUCAAUUGGCCACCACCAUUUGCACUGUCACUAAAGAGUAAGACUGCCGUUACUAUGAAUGCCUAAAAUUUGAAAUCAGUAACUUUUUGAAAAUAGCUAAAUACAAUUUUUUUUGUAUCUUUACUGUUGUUGAUCAAGUUAUAUGAAAAUGACCCAUACACAAGGCAUACUUAUAGUUUACUAAUUACAAACAUUUGUAAUAAAACUGACAUUUUGCUCAUUA